UUUCAUAGAUUUGUGUUAUGUCAUCUAAGACUCGGCGAAGUUAAAGUUUUUCUUUAAAGACACACAGUGACACAAAACUGUUUUGUUAGUGAAAGUGAAAGUAGGUAUUUCGUGGAAUAUUGCGUGCACAUGAAAUUAGGCUACAUGGCAAAUUUUUAAAAAAUAGCAAAUUCCCACUUGGUUUCGAUUUGAUUUUACACUAUUCACCACGAGGCGGUUUCAUUUAGUAUCUCGAUGGAUUGUCUCUAACAUAACCAGAAAACAUCUACGAGUCACCACUAUGGCAGAAGCUCAGGCCCCCCAGUAUGUGUCAGGAGAAAGUGACACAGACCGUGGGAGAAGACAAAAUCCUGCGGAUGAAGACCACAGAAGAGAGUACAGCCCAAGUAAUGAUGGACAAAGAGAAAGUCGUGGAAGAAAACCAAGAGAUGGAAAAGAGGAUCACAUGAGAGAAUUCAGCCCUAAAGAAUUAGCUUCCAAGCAUGGUAACCAAAAUAGACACAAUGAAAAUCAACGUGGAGGCCACAUGGAUCACAAUGGAGAUGAAUGGCAGGGUGGUCAGAGAGGGAGGGGUGGAUCUAGAGGGAGGGGUCAACAUCAAGACCGACAAGAUUACAGAGGAAGAGGGGGACGUCAGAGGGGGGAGUGGCAUGAUAAUCGUGGGCGGGGAUAUCAAGGUAGAGGGGGAUAUCAGUAUGACCAGCGUGGGCAAUAUGACCAGCGUGGGCAAUAUGAUCAGCGUGGGCAAUAUGAUCAGCGUGGGCAAUAUGAUCAGCAUGGGCAAUAUGAUCAGCGUGGGCAAUACGAUCAGCGUGGGCAAUAUGAUCAGCAUGGGCAAUACGGCAGAGGUGGCCAACAGAGGAAUGACAGACACAGAGAUUACUAUAAUAAUGAAGACAGACAAGGGGGAUAUGGCAGAAAAAGGAGAUUGGAUUAUGGACCAAACAAAGAGUAUCAGAGAUCUAAUUAUGCCAGCUAUGGAGGUCCCUAUGAUACAUACAGAAGUAAAAGGGCCAGACAUGAUUCUGAAAGGCCAUAUCAAAAGAGGCAUUAUCAGUACUAUCGAAAGGAUGAAGACUCUGUGGUUUUUCUUUCCAAAAAAUUGUCAUUCAUUCUUAGGCAUGGAGCAGAAAGGAUGGGAUUUAAACUCAUGCCAGGUGGAUUUUUGUGGGUGAAUGAUAUUCUUCGUAGAAAUGAGUAUCAGCAGUUCACAGUGGAUGAUGUGAAAUAUGUUGUGGAAACAAAUGAUAAAAAAAGAUUCACCCUGGAGGAGGAAAAUGGUCGUCUCAAAAUCAGAGCAAAUCAAGGACAUUCAGUAGAGGUAGAUGGUCUAGAGUUGACUCCCAUAACAAAUGCUAAAGAGGCCCCUGAUGUCAUACAUGGAACUUACUUCAGUUCAUGGGAAAUUAUUAAAGAACAGGGUUUAAACAAAAUGAACAGGAAUCACAUACAUUUUGCUGCUGGGGAACCAGGAGAAAAUGGUGUUAUUAGUGGAAUGAGGAGCAGCUGUGAAGUCAUUAUCAAGAUAGAUAUGGAAAAGGCAUUAGGAAGUGGCCUGAAGUUCUUUAGAUCGGCCAACAAUGUGAUUCUGUGUUCUGGAGAUGAAGACGGCUUCAUCAGACCGUGUUAUUUUGCGAUGGUUCUGGACAGACGCACAAGAAAGAGCCUGCUUUUCAAUGAUCAGAUCAAAGAUGGUCCUAAGAUUCCUGGGCUUUCUGGAGAGAUGGACAAGAAAAAGAAGAAGAAGAAAAAAAAUAAACAACACAGAGAAGAGAAUGAAGACAAUGAUAAACAAGGAGAGGAAAAAAGAAAGGAAAGGAAAAAUAACCAGGGGGAUAGAGAGGCCAAUAUGGAGGCAGCUUCAUCUCUGUUUUCAGAGGAGAGUCAGAUGGAAGAGGAGGAGAGUGUACCUUCCAGAACUGAUGCUGUACCUGAUGAUUGGGACAAAGAUAUCACAGAAGAGACCACAGAACAGAGUGGUGAUGUAGUGGAUGAAUCUUCUGAUGAACCACAAGAUUUCCAGGUGGUUGAUGACAAAUUUGAAUGUAAUAUUCAAAUGGAAAAUCUGAAGUUUCAAGGACCUGUGUUUGUGUACUGCCACAUGGAUGGAGAGAAAAUAGAAUCUGUAUCUUGUGUCACUAAGUCAGGGGCUUUUAACUUUACUGAGGAGCUACUGAAAGAUGGAGAAUUCAGAGAUUUCUUGAACACUAAAUGUCCUCAGACUAAGGUUUUUCACAAUAUAGCAGAUGCAUCAAAGGCAUUGUUUGACCAAUAUAGUAUUAUCUUGGAUGGCACAGAUGUGUAUGAUAAUGAGGUUGCCUUGAAAUUUAUCAAAGUUAAAGGCCUUGGAAAUUUAACUGAACUUCCAUCUGGAUUUGACCACAAGGAAUGGGGGAAUCUAGACCCAGGGCGUCAGCUGUUGGAGAAGUGCCUUGAGUCAUUAAAGGCAUACAAUAUAAUGUCAAGAUGGACUUCAACUGAAAAAGACUUUAAGAAAGAACUUUUUGAGGAAGUAAAUAAAAAUAUUGAUAAAGGAGAAAUAAAGGCAGAGAAAGAAAGAAGAAAGAAAGAAUCGGGGAAGCAGCCAGCACAACCUCAGCAGUCAUCACCGGGGGACGGGAAGAAAAAGAAGAAGAAGAAGAAGUAGCUAGUGAUGUUCAGGAGGUAUGACAUCUAGUGAAGGCAAGAAAACGAAGAACUAGUGAUAUUUCAGAGGUAUGGUGCAAGUGUUAUCAGUGCUGAAAGACUUUUCUGUCUACAAAAAGAGGUGUAUAUUGAACAGAUUGAUUUAUUUAUGCAAUUUCUUCAUUUUUUUUCUUUCAAUAACCAGGCAGUAUAAAAAUAGUGACACUGUGAUUGGUUGUGUAGCAUAGUUCUGAAUUUUUUCUUUGGUCAUGAUACUUUUUAGCAUUACAAUCUCAUCUGAACUUUAAAGGUUAAAUGUGAAUAGGCCUACAUCACAAUCAUGUUUGUAUGUGCAUUCAAUAGAGUUACAGAAAUAAACAGUGCACUACUUAAUUCUUUGAAAAUAUAAAUGUUGAAAUCAGUCAUUGUGUCACAGUACUGUCAAUUAAAUUUACAAGGCAAAUUAAAUCACAAACACAAUUUAGCUAUUAAUUUUCAAUUUAUUUCUCUCUCUCUUUUUUUAUUUUUUGUUUUGUUUUGUCUUCCAUUAAAGAUAAGUUUGUUCUAAUUAUUACAGGGUAACAGUUAUAGAGGUUUGUUCCCAUUUUGCCUUAACUUUAAAAUUUAAGGCGAAAUGGGAACACACCAUUAUAGAUACCUGUGAUUGAGAAAGUUUCAACUACAAUGAAAUCCAUUUUGUUAGCAUUAAAUGAAUGGUAUUACAUUUUCCAAUAUAAUAAUUAAGAAGCUGUUUCCACAGUGUCAUUGUAUAGUUGAGUGUGACUGUGAUUCCUUAUCUAAAUGCCUUGUUUUCUUUUGUUAGCUUUUUAGGUUAGUGUCUCUUAAAUUUAA